UAAUCAGGGAAGCUGUUUACACAAAUCCCCUCGAGGCUACAAUGGACUCUACGAAGAGACCUUCUGCAAAAUGCUCAAACGAUGCUUUUCGCAGAUGUUCUUCAAUUCUUUCUUUCGUUUCAAUUCUGCUGAUUGUGGCGCUGUUCGUGAGGAUGGAAACAAUAAACAGGAAAACGAAGAUGAACGAACUUCGCAUUUCAGAUGUUGAAAGUCACCUUAAGAUCGCCGUUCUGAUGAAAAGAGCAGGUAACGAGGGGAAACCGUCAAAGGACUUUGAAAGCGGUGUGGAAACGCAAAAUGUGGAUCACCAUCAAAGACAGAAAAGGAAUGCUGCUCUAAGUCCAACGGCAGUAACUGUAACUUUACAACAAAUCCGCAAAGAAAUAAAUAACAAGUUCAGUGAAGUUUGUAAAUCCUCAGACAGAAUAUGCCAGGCAGGACCCCCGGGACCGCCAGGAGCCCUUGGGUAUCCCGGAUAUAAGGGAGAAAAAGGGGCCUCUGGAAAGGAAGGACCACCAGGCCCAUCGGGGCCUAUUGGGACUCCAGGCGUGGGUGGCAAAAGGGGACAUGUAGGACCUCCAGGAGUAAAUGGUGAAAAAGGGGACAAAGGGUCCGUUGGAGCUCCUGGAAUUAGAGGAGAGACUGGAACGAAGGGUCGUCAAGGACAAAAAGGAUCUCUUGGUUUAAAAGGGAACAAAGGCAUCAGAGGAUUGGUUGGUAUUCAGGGACCCAAGGGAGAAUGUGCUGUUCCACCGAAGAUCAGUGUGUAUCCAGUAACUCAUGAAGUCUUUAUCAACGAGACAGCAAUAUUCUUCUGUUGGGUUCAAGGCCACACGUCUUCCAAAAUAACAUGGCGUAAGCUUGGAGGUACUCUAUCUGAUGUUACCGUGGAAAAUGGAGCGCUUCGAAUCAACAGCGUACAAAGGUCACAUGUGGGGUCGUAUAUGUGUUCAGCUAACACUGGUCUCGGAAGUUUAAGGGGUUUCAGCACUUUACAAGUAAAAGAGCCACCAACAUUUGUCAAGAAACUACCAUCUUUGGUCAUCGUAGAUGAAGGCUCCGUUUUAAGUCUCUGUUGUGAGGCUAUGGGCUCUCCUCCUCCCAGAGUCGAAUGGUCACGCGCUGGUAACGUGCACUCCGCUGAUACAUCAUUGGAUUUCCAGGAACAAGGCUGCCUCGAACUCAACACUGUUGAGUUCAACAGUCACGGGAAAUAUGUCUGCCGCGCAAGAAAUCGCAUCGGACUGGCAGAAACAACAACGUCAGUAGUCGUCAAAAGAAAAGUUAAUUCUUGUGAAGAAGUUUUAAAGAAAAAUAUGGAGAAACGUCCCGCAAGCUUCGAGCUUUUAGCGGGCAAUUUGCGAUACAAUGUUUAUUGUGAUAUCACAGCAAGUCCUGAAGGAUGGACUCUUAUCGCUCGAUUCUCAAACAGCGAUGGCAAGAAUUGGAUGCGUGACGAUGGUAGAUGGUGGUUUGACCAACAAGCUGCCAAUGGAACAACAAAUGACCCAUCCGUGAACGCUGAUAUGAUAUCACCUGCCUUUUGGUUGGUCAGAGGAAGCGAAUUUAAGAUCACGCGCAGUGACGACCCCAGCCACGCCCCUCUGUUACAGACCACAGGUGACUGUUUGGGUGGACAAACAUUCCGAUCUAAAAUCACAAGUUAUGGCGACUUUAGAAAUGGCACGGUCUGGGCCAACGAUCAGUGUCUGGGUAGUUGUACGGUUCAAUAUGGUGGACAGUACAAGUCAACAGACGGGUUUCAACAGGCUGAGUGCGGUGGAGACAUCCAAAGCGCUAAGAAGAUCGGCUUCUGGUGUGACUGGGAUGAGGGUGAUGGAUCAGUGAUGAUGAUUGGUGGAGGAGGAGAAAGCUGUUCACGUGCAGAUCACGGGAUUGGGAUCACAGAAACUAACGAAGCUUCUUUUGUUGACCUGAGAGGCGGUGACACUGAAUAUGACUUUGGUUAUAAUGCUCAGACCAGCAACGCUCCAACCCAGUCCUACUCGUUGAAUUUGUGGAUCCGUUAGGAAUUACAAGUUCCUCCUUUUCUUCUUUUUCCUUUUGCGCAAAACUGAUGAACAUUGGGAUACAAAUAUCCCCAAAGGACAUAAAAAGAAAUACAAUGACUUUAUUUAGUCCAUGGUAUAAAUUCAGGAUUGAUAAAAUAGUCAAAAUCUAGCUCACAAUCUUCAACAAACUGUAGCUAGAACAAAUGCUAACAUUCCUAAGAAUUACAGUUAAUAUCUAAAAGUUCCCUGAUUUCCAUGAAUGCCGUGCAUAAAAGAGAUUGUAGAUUUUCUCCCACGAAGUUGCUGCAGCUGAAUUUAAGGAGUAGAGAGUUUAUGCUUGCCGCUGCCUAACAGGAAGACUAUUCCACAACACUGAACCUCUAAAAAAUGAGGCAGUUUUUGAAAAAAUGUUCACGGGACACUAGAGCAGCUAAUUUGCCCUCAGGUUCCCCACAGAAUGAUUAGAGAUUUCAUUUCGCUAAGUAACCGUACAAAGACUGGGGGCAGGGCCAAUCAGAGAUUAUAGACCAUGGCCGCAAUUUUGAAGUUUAUGCAGGUAAUAUGCAAGGCAUUUGUUUCAAUUUCCUCCAAACAAUACCACAGUACCACAAUAAUAAUUUUUCGAUGGCGUAGUGAAAAGAUGAAAGCUUUACAAAUACAGCGUAAGGGCAAAUUCUCGUCGAAAAGAUGACGAUGCAAGAAGGCCAACUUCUCUUUCUCAUCUAACCGUAGAGAUCUAAUAACAAACCUGUUUUAUAGAGGCAUUAUCAAUAAUGAGGGAGUGAGUUGUACUCAACGUCCCUUACAUUUGCAUUAACG